AUGGAGAAGACGGAGAGCGACAAAGCCGAGAUACAGAGCACACCGGAGAAAGUGGAACCAGAGAAGGAUCCUGGUAACGAUGACGAUGACGGACUGAGUCAACUCAGAUCACUUAGAACUACAGAUGCGAAUAUGGAAGAUUCACAUGAUGAACCGGUUCGUGAAACCCUAACCGAGGAUCAGAUUGAAGGUGUUGGAGAAAAUUCCGCUGUGGAACCAAAUGGUGAAGAUGUUGUAGGAGAGGUUAAGGUGACGGAUAGCGGUAAGGAAAAUGUUGUAAGUGCGAUUGUGCCAGUUGAUGAAGCUACAGUAGAAAACCGUGUGGUAGAAACAUCCCCUUGUCUGACUGCAUCGAUGGUGGAGCCAUCUCUAUCUUUGACUCCUUCAGCUGCGCAAGGUCUAUCAGUUGUUUCAGUUCCAACUAAACAAGAUCAAAGAUCUGAUUCUCGGGUGGCUAACAGUUUGUCUGUUUCUCCGGUUCUGAGGACACCGCCUCGUGAUGGUUACAAUUGGAGAAAAUAUGGACAGAAGCAGGUUAAGAGUCCCAAGGGCUCACGGAGCUACUACAGGUGCACGUAUUCUGAAUGUUGUGCUAAGAAAAUUGAAUGCUCCAAUGAUUCAGGAAACGUGAUAGAGAUUGUUAACAAAGGUUCGCAUAGUCAUGAACCUCCACGGAAGAAUAGCUUCUCCCCAAGAGAGAUUAGAGCUGCACCAGCUAUUCCAGCUGUUUCAGAGGGAAAUACAGUAGGAGAAGAGCUAGCGAUAGUCCCUAGCGGUUCAGAUCCGUCUGCUUCAACUAAAGAAAAUAUCUGUCAGUCGCUAACAAUCGUUGAACGGAAGAGACAUUGUGAGACCGAAGCUGUGGAGGAACCAGAGUCAAAACGAAGACUGAAAAAGGAUAACUCACAGAGUUUAGAUUCUGUCUCCAAACCUGGAAAGAAAAAUAAAUUCGUAGUGCACGCAGCUGGUGAUGUUGGGAUCUCUGGUGAUGGAUACAGAUGGCGUAAAUACGGGCAGAAAAUGGUGAAAGGGAAUCCUAAUCCAAGGAACUACUACCGAUGUACCUCUGCGGGAUGUCCUGUCCGUAAACACAUCGAGACAGCAGUAGAGAACACAACAGCCGUCAUAAUUACAUACAAAGGAGUACACAACCAUGACAUGCCGGUGCCUAAGAAACGCCAUGGUCCUCCUAGCUCAAUGCUCGUGGCUGCAGCGGCUCCAACAUCAAUGAGAACCAAAUCAGAUGAUCAGGUCAACACUCCCACUUCAAGCCAGUGCUCGGUGGGACGAGAAAGCGAGAAGAAGAGCACCGAAGCAUUAGAUGUUGGUGGUGAGAAAGUGAUGGAAUCAGCUCGGACUUUGUUGAGCAUUGGAUUCGAAAUCAAGCAAUGCUGA